UUAUCAGCGUGUCGUCCCCCACAACGGACUAACAGAAAAGCUUCACAGGCUCAUGUUGUCAUAAUAAUCACUCCGCCUCUAUACUACUAUCAUACUGGCGCUGCCGAGUCGAGUCCGUUCCUCCUGUUGCCAGUAUCAUGUCUUCUGAUAGUACUGGUGCCACUGGUGCCAAUAGCAGUGCUAAAAACAAUACGAAACAGAACAUGUGCCCCCCUGUCGAGUCUCUUCUGUUGGACAAGGCUGAGAUUUGGAUCCAAGGCAUUCUUCCUCUGGUUGGUGUUGGACAGUACGGUUUUGUUGGAGCUGUCAACAAGAAGAUGAAUCAACUGUACAAAGAGUACUCCAAAGUUGAACUCAAGAAAAACCCAAGAGAGGUAUUGGAUGGUUAUCCCAGUCGCCCUGCAGAAAUCACAGACACUCUCUACGGUGAAACUUUCUGUAACCAGCCACGUGCAGAAUACUGGCUCAGGGACAAUUCCAGCAACAAAGCACCUCGUCGUAGUCAGGUUUGCACUGUAAUUGCCAAAAGUGGCAAUCUGACUGUAAUGCAGUGGGCACGACAACAAGGAUUCCCAUGGGAUGCAUGGACAUGUGCAUCAGCUGCCAAGAAUGGACAUUUGGAAAUGCUCCAAUGGCUGCAUGCAAAUGGUUGUCCAUGGAAUGCAGAUACAUGUAUCUGUGCUGCUGAAGGUGGUCAUUUUGAAAUCUUAAAGUGGGCUCGUGAAAAUGGCUGUCCAUGGAGUGCAAGGACAUGUGAUGGAGCUGCUAAAAAUGGACAGUUGGAAAUUUUGAUGUGGGCUCGUGAAAAUGGCUGUCCAUGGAAUGCAAUUACAUGUGCUGGAGCUGCUAAAAAUGGACAUUUGGAAAUGCUCCAAUGGCUGCAUGCAAUGGUUGUCCAUGGAAUGCAUAUACAUGUAUCUGUGCUGCUGAGGUGGUCAUUUUGAAAUCUUAAGUGGGCUCGUGAAAAUGGCUGUCCAUGGAUGAAAUGAUGCUGGAGCUGCUUAUGGACAUUUGGAAAUCUUAAAGUGGGCUCUGAAAUGGCUGUCCAUGGAGUGCAAAAUUACAUGUGCUGGAGCUGCUAAAAAUGGACAUUUGGAAAUUCUCCAAUGGCUGCAUGCAAAUGGUUGUCCAUGGAAUGCAGAUACAUGCGAGGUUGCUGCUCAACAUGGCCACUUGGAAAUUCUCCAAUGGCUGCAUGCAAAUGGUUGUCCAUGGAAUGCAGAUACAUGUUACCUUGCUGCUCUAUCUGGCCAGUUGAAAUCUUGAAGUGGGCUCGUGAAAAUGUUGUCCAUGGAAUGCAGAUACAUGCGAGG